AUGUACAUCAAGCAAAUCAUCAUCCAGGGCUUUAAAAGCUACAAGGACCAGACUGUAAUCGAGCCGUUCUCCCCAAAGACUAAUGUAAUUGUCGGCCGCAAUGGCUCCGGAAAAAGUAACUUCUUUGCCGCUAUUCGCUUCGUUUUGAGCGAUGCGUAUACACAAAUGAGUCGCGAGGAGCGGCAAGGCCUUCUUCACGAAGGCUCAGGCUCGGCCGUUAUGUCGGCAUACGUGGAGAUCAUCUUCGACAACAGCGACGACCGAUUUCCAACUGGCAACAAAGAGGUUAUUCUACGCCGCACAAUCGGCUUGAAGAAAGACGAAUACUCUGUCGAUCGAAAGGUUGUCACUAAGGCCGAUGUCAUGAAUCUGCUUGAAGCGGCCGGAUUUUCGCGAUCAAACCCCUACUACAUCGUACCUCAGGGACGAGUCACCGCCUUGACCAACAUGAAAGAAUCCGACAGGCUGAACUUAUUAAAAGAAGUAGCGGGAACACAUGUGUACGAAACGCGUCGCGCAGAGUCACUCAAGAUUAUGAACGAGACCAACAACAAGAGAGAAAAGAUCGAUGAACUGCUGGAAUACAUCAAGGAAAGGCUUAGCGAACUCGAGGAAGAAAAGGAAGAACUCAGAGCGUUCCAGGACAAGGAUAGAGAGAGACGGUGCCUCGAAUAUGCCUACUACCACAACAUCCAGCUCGGGAUUCAAGCAAACCUGGACGAGCUUGAUAACGCCCGGCAAGACGGAAUUGAUAGUUCUGAUACCAACCGAGCAGAGUACGCCGAUGGCGAGAAGGCGAUAUCAAGGCUUGAUUCAGAAAUACACAAGCUGCAGAGAGAAAUGGAGCUUCUGCAGAUCGAAAGGCGACAAGUCGAGGAAGACCGGCGCGACGGCGCGAAAGCCUUGGCCAAGGCUGAGAUGAAGGUUAAGAACUUGAGAGAAGGCCAAUCUGCACAGGAACAAGCCCGAACACAACAUGCAGCUGAACUUGAGUCCGUUCAAAAUGAGAUCGCAUCCAAGGAGCAGCAGCUUUCAACCAUUAGCCCGGCCUACAACCAAAAAAAGCAAGAGGAAGACGAAAUCCGACGACAACUUGAUCAUGCUGAAGCCACACGUAACCGCUUGUUUGCCAAACAGGGCCGAGGUACCCAGUUCAGAAACAAGUCUGAGCGUGACGCAUGGUUGCGGAAAGAGAUACAAGAACUCGAACUCAACAUAAGCACCCAAAAAGCCAACAAGAUUGAUGCAGACGAAGAAGUUGAAAGGGUCCAACAAUCUAUAGCACAGGCAGAGCAAGACGUUGCUGAUUUACGGAGCCGUUUGGCCAACUUCCCUGACGAGAGAAUAGCCCUCGAAGAGGAGGCUGCCAAGGCCCGCGACAUCAUAGAUAAGCUUAACGAUGAACGAAAACUUGUUCGUCGUGAGGAUGACAAACUCAACUCAGUUAUAGCCAAUGCUCGGCAGGAGAAGGAAACAGCUGAACGUGAGUUGGCUCAUGCAAUGGAUGGAUCGACUGCACGUGGUCUGGCGACGAUCCGACGAUUGAAGCAAGAGCGAGAUAUCCCCGGAGCAUAUGGGACAUUGGCUGAGCUGCUUGAAGUCAGUGACGCUUACAGACUUCCUGUUGAGCAAAUUGCCGGCGCAAGUCUGUUUCACUAUGUCGUUGACAACGCAGAUACAGCCACUUAUCUCGCAGAUACCCUAUACAGACAACAGGGAGGCCGAGUCACAUUUAUGCCUCUCGCCCAAUUACGGCCCCGGCAAAUUAAGCUUCCCAGGUCUAAUGAUGCCGUACCUCUCUUGAGCAAGAUCAACUUUAAUGAAGAGUACGAGAAGGCUUUUCAGCAGGUCUUUGGAAAAGCUGUCGUAUGUCCAAACCUUACAGUAGCAAGCCAAUAUGCAAGAAGCCACGGUGUCGACGGCAUCACUCCAGAAGGCGAUACAACCAACAAGAGGGGUGCCAUGACAGGCGGGUAUAUCGACCCUCGAAAGUCGCGCUUACACGCCGUGCAAGCCGUGAAUAAAUGGAGGGACGAAUACGAAAGGUUGUUAGCGCAAUCUCGUGAUAUCCGAAAACAGACAGAACUCAAGGAUCAGGAGAUCACAGCUGCUAUGUCAGACCUGCAAAAGGCCAACGAAAGAUUACGACAGGCUGUUGACGGGGUUGAGCCAUUGAACCAUGAACUGUUUAAUAAGUUAAAGCAUCUGAACAAAGAGCAGAGUCACCUCGAGGCCGCCAAGAAACGUCGAGAUGCAGUCGAGAAGAACAUGAACAGCUUCUUGGAGGAUCUUGCCGCACAUGAGGCCGAACUGGGAUCCGACUUUAAGAAAACCCUGACUGCCGCUGAAGAACGUCAGCUGGAGGAACUCGGGACAAGCACCCAGGAGCUCCAAAAGCAGUGGAAUGAACUCAGCCGAGCCCGGCGUGAUCUGGAAAGGCAAAAGCAACUUCUUGAAGUAGACCUUCGCCAAAACCUGCAGAUGAAGCUUGAUCAACUCAAUAGCCAGGCUUUUGAAGACUCGACUGGAUCCUCGGGUGGUGGACUGAAAGAUGCCCAAAGGGAGCUCAAGAAGGCACAAAAGGCACAAAAAGCUGUUGAGGUAAGUCUCCAGGAACUUGAAACCAAAAUGGAUGAUACACAAGCGCGGCUCGAGGAACUGGCAAAUGAGAAGGCUCAAUUAGAGCAAGUGCAGAGUGAGAUAUCCGCGAGGAUCGAGAAACAGCAGAAGAAGAUGGACAGGAGCCUCCGAAAGAAAGCGGUUCUGUCAACACAAGCAGCCGAAUGUGCACAGACUAUUCGCGACCUAGGUGUGCUUCCCGAAGAAGCCUUCGACAAGUAUGAAAAUAUGGACCCUAAUCAGGCAAGUUUUGUCUCAACCAAGAUCAAGAAGGUGAAUGAAGCACUGAAGAAGUACAAGCACGUGAACAAGAAAGCCUUCGAACAGUACAACAACUUCACAACUCAACAAGAUCAGCUUAUGAAACGUCGUAAAGAGUUAGAUGACUCUCAGGAGUCAAUUGAGGUACUCGUCGAGCAUCUCGACCGUCGAAAAGACGAGGCAAUUGAGCGAACGUUUAAACAGGUUUCCAAGGAAUUCACAACUAUCUUUGGCAAGUUGGUGCCUGCUGGCCAUGGCCGCCUUCUCAUUCAACGACGGGCGGAUCGUCGUCAAGAACCCGUCGACGAAUCAGACGGAGAGGUACGCGGUGUUGAAAACUAUACUGGCGUUGGCAUCAGUGUGUCAUUCAACUCAAAACACCUCGAUGAGCAGCAGAAGAUCCAGCAACUCAGCGGUGGUCAGAAGAGUUUAUGCGCCCUUUGCCUUAUAUUCGCCCUGCAGGCUACUGAGAGCAGUCCCAUGGUGAUUUUUGACGAGGUGGAUGCCAAUCUGGAUGCCCAAUAUCGUACAGCUGUUGCGGCCCUUCUUGAGUCCAUCUCUAAGGAAAUUGGUACUCAGUUCAUUUGCACCACGUUCCGACCUGAGAUUGUGCAUGUCGCAGACAGAUGUUAUGGUGUGACGUUCCGUACCAAGACAAGUUCAAUCGACUGUGUCAGCACGGAGCAGGCUCUUGAGUUCGUAGAGGGUCAAGCGAAGCCUACUUGA